AUGUCGCACAAGCGCGUGGUUGAGGCAUUAAACCGGAGCCUGCAGGACAUCCGCAGCAAUGAGACGCUGAUGGGAGGUGCUGUUGUUGUACUCACUGGUGAUUUUCGGCAAACUCUUCCAAUUAUCGAAAGGGGUACACCGGCAGAUGAAAUGAACGCGUGUCUCAAGGUUUCGUCACUUUGGUCCAACGUAGAAAAACUCCACCUUACUCGGAAUAUGCAUGCACAACUUUACAAUGAUACAGAGUCAGUUGUAGAUCCUGGUGUAGUGAAGACAGGGGCGUAUAAGUAUGAAGAUGGGACCAGGUAUGUCGGGGAAUGGAACUCUAAGGGCCAGAAGCACGGGAUGGGUCACCUCGUCCUCCCGGAUGGUACAAGAUAUGAUGGCGCGAUGAUCGGUGGCCUCUGUUCAGGGCUCGGUGUGAUGGCAUUUCCUGAUGGAGCUAAGUAUGAAGGUGAAUUUAUGCAGGGCUGGUUUCAUGGACAUGGUGUAUUCUGGAGAGCAGAUGGCAUGAAAUUUGAAGGAGAGUUUCGUGGCGGCCGAGUAUGGGGAUUAGGUUUGGUGACUUUCAGCGAUGGCAGCAACGGCUUUCCUCGUAACGAAGGUUUCUUUCAAGACUGCAGGCUGGUGCGCAAGAAACGUUGUCCAGAAGUAGUGCAGCGUGCACAAAAAGUUGCCUAUAUGGCGCGGGCUCAGUGUCAGCAGAUGUAG